UAGUGUUCGGGUGUGUUCGUCUUUUCUCGGAUCAGUCACGCCUAAACUCGUUCGAAAAGCGAAAUCAAAAUCAUUCCACGGCAAUGUACGAAGACUGAUGCUCUUGUCGGGGACUCAUUGUGCAAACGGGCAAUUUUACUUUUUGAAACGGAUUGUAUUACCCGACACAAGUUUUUUUACACGAAUAAUGUUGUGAUAUGCGCCGUCGAUUGUGGUGAUUAGUGAUUUCAAUAAAAAUAUUAACAGUGAAAUUGUACAAAGAAUAUAGUGUGAAGUGGUGCAAUAGUGUUACUGAACCUGGAUUCUAAAGGAUUGCGUUUUACCUGAGAGAUUAUCAAUAAAACGGUCUCGGCCACCAAUUACUACAAGCCAAGCCAUCGCACUAUGAGAGUGCGCUCCCAAAACUUAUGAUCUACACGUGAACAUUGAUAAAAGCCCGAAUUUGAGUCCACCAUGGCUAUUCUCCGGUACGUGUGGAUCGUGGCCAGAACGAUAUUCGCGGUCGUCAACAACUUAUACUGCAUCCCCGCGUACGUGGUGUGGAUGAUGGCGCUGCGCCUCGUCAGACCCUUUUUCGCCCCAGUCUAUUGGAAGAUCGAAGGUCUCAUGUACCACUGGCUGCUGGCGAUGGUGUCCAUGUGGUCCUGGACGGCUGGAUAUGAGAUUGUGGAGACGGGAGACGAGCCAGUGACCUGCAGCGGUCGACGAACACUCGUCCUAGCCAACCACCAGAGCACUGCCGACGUCCCAAUGCUGAUGGCGGCGUGGAACCCCCGGCCCGGAGUCCUGCCCAACCUCAUGUGGAUCAUGGAUCGAGUCUUCAAGUUCACCAACUUCGGGAUCGUCAGCGUGCUUCAUGAGGACUUCUUUAUUCAAGCGGGCAAGGCCAAACGUGAGGCGUCACUCGAAGAGCUGAAGCAGCAUAUCUAUAAGUUCUACGUUCCACUUGGCCGGCAGUUUAUGGUACUGUUUCCUGAAGGAGGUUUCUUGCACAAGAGAAGAGAAGUCAGCCAAAGGUUCGCUGAAAAGAACGGACUGCCAAAGCUGGAGUACGUCUCGCUGCCACGCGCUGGUGCCAUGAAGGUCAUCAUGGAGCAGAUCGGACCGCACAGAGACGCUUCAGGUGCAGGCACUUCUAGACAGGCUAGGAAAGACAACAACUUCAACCAGAACAACUCCAAGAUGAUCCUGGACACUAACUCUGGAGACAGCAUCGAAUGGGUCCUGGAUGUGACGAUUGCUUACCCAGACCGUAUUCCCCUCCACCUGGUAGACGUCGUGUGUGGCAUUAGAAGACCUUGCACCACACAUUUACAUUACAGGCUUUAUCCUGCAAGCGAGGUUCCAUCGGAUUCGGAGGGAAUGACCCAGUGGCUCUACGACAGGUUCAUAGAAAAAGACAAAAUGCUAGAAGAGUACUACCGCACGGGCAAGUUCCCCACAAAGUCCGAUAAACCCCACGUCCUCCGAUAUGUGAGGCAAGAUAACCUCCGGUACCUGAUCUUGCACACCUUCUUUAUAGCUUCGACGUUUUUACAAUACAAAAUUUUCUUCUACUUUUACAAUAAUCUAUGGUAACGGUUAUGGUGUUUUUGACUGGACGUGGGAUAUCCAUUUUUACUCGUCAAGUAGCAACGGACCACAAAUCACUGGUCAUAUGUGAACUAUCAUUAAAAUAAGAGUCCCAUAUUAUAUUUCUUCUAAUCUGUAGAAAAUCGAUGGUUAAUGUGCCAUAAAAACAACGAUUCACCUCUGAUUCAAUGACCAAUUAGAAUAUUUUGAAUAUUUUUCACGUGCAACUUCAGUAUCAUAUUUUGAGAUAAAGGACAAAUUUUAUCUAAGGAGAAUACUAUUUUGGUACUUUGCCUGAUAAAACUUAAGCACAGUCUCCCUUGUAUUGUCACAAAUAUUAAAUAAAGUAUCAUUAUUACUUGUAACUGUCUCAAUAUUUGACACUGAUAUUGUAUGUUAGAGUAAACGUCAAGUUUGUGUAAAUGAUUAAUCGUUCAUACAAUUUCACUUUUGAAGAAGAACAGAUCCCAAUGUAAAAGAAGCAAUCUCAACUAAUCCAACAACAAUUCCACGUUCGGUCUUAUUCUUAAUGUUGUAUGAUGAUGUACAGAAAUAAGCUUUCAACUAUUGACAGACUAUGAACCUAAAGCUGUACUUUUAUCCAAAAUCAUUCAUAUUAUUUUUCUCUCGUGUGGGUUGUGAGAGCAAUGGCCAAUUUCAUAAACCCUGGUGUCAGGGUUACCAUUGAUCCGUCAAAGACCUCUGACAUGGUUCAUGUAACGACAACAUCCAGGGCCGACUGCUUAGCGUGCCGGAUCAUCUUACUUUCAGACAAUAAUCGGGUGAUCAGCCGGCAAUGGUGUAAACCAAACUAGAGAUCACAACAUGUCCCGACCGGAAUUUGAAACCAGGACCUCCAUAUCGUGAGCUUAGCACUCAAACACUGGACUGUCGGGGACGUUAAUAUUAUUCAUUAUGAAAACCAAGAUGAAGCUCUAUACAUAUCUUAAUUUUGCCUUGGAAUUGGUCUGGAUUUUCAAAAUCAAUUGAAAUCUUAUUAUUAUUAAGUACAUUACUUUUUUAGUAAGUAAAUAUAAUACUUCAAAGUACAAUUGGUUUACAAUAGACAGUGUGUUCUUUGUCUAUAUGCGUUUAUUUUCUGUCAUAAUAUAUGUAAUGGUAUUCCUAGUCGGUUAAUAUUUGAAAGCGUGCACUCGUUUUGUAAAGGUGCGUAUUGAAAGUACAUUUUUAUGUUAGUUCGUUUUGUGUAUGUGUAGAAUUAUUUCAUCUACCUUUAAGUUGUAGUUGUAAAAUGAUACCUCGUGAAAAAGAGUGUUGAUGGAAUAAUUGUGCCCUGGGUACGUUUAUUGUAUAUAGAAGCAAGCUCCGCGUAUUAACAUGCUCUUAUUUUGUCUAUAGAUAGUGAUGAUAAGUUAUUUGGUAUUAGCGCCACAAUUAGGUUCAAAAUAAGUCAAGGUACAACAAUAAAAUAAUUCUGUUCACUUUAGUGACUUAGCACUGUAAAAACAGCUAUCCUUGUACCUAUUUGCAUGUUUUUUGAUCUACUUUCCUUGUCACAUUAAUUAUGGAAUAAUUCAAAAGAAUCUAUUUCUGUCUUUUCCCGUAUUUUCUAUUUUAAAUUUUAGCAUAACCAGUAGUACCUACAAUCAUUUUCUUUUUGUCUCAUUCUAUAGUCUAGUAAGACAUAACUACAUUAUACUGAAUACGUCUAUAUUCUUACUAAAACGGUAGCGUAGUUUCUUUUACUGCGGAAUAUUGGUAGAUAGUUGAAUUAAAAAUAUAUAUAUAUAUAUAUAAUAUUACCUUAGUUAUUCUGUGAAUCUACCGGGUUGUUUCUUUUUAAUAAUAUAAGCUGGCGAUUGACCGCAGUCUCACCUGAUGGUAAGUGACGAUGUGGUCUAGGGUGGAUCAUGCUGACCUAGCAAAUGCCUAGUCACUCUAGCCUUGAAGACUCCCAGUUUAUAACGAGUUGGAAAAACAGACGACGGCAGACAGUUCCAGUCAAUACAAUACAAUAACUCUUUAUUGCACUUAAAUCAUAUUAAAAAUACAUUAGGUAUGCAGUCCUUUGUUGUUCGCAUCAAAAAGGAAGAGGCAAAAGGUUUAGUGCAGAUUGGUGGUACAUCCACAACAUAAGAAUGAAAAGCCUGCCGACAUCUAGUUGACCAUAGAUGAAAUGGAGUCGGUGGAAAUAACACGUGAAGUUCCUGCGCACACUCGCCGAAAUGAAUCCUAUAAAAAACGGCCAGACAAGCUGCCCUUCGUUGUGGGAAUGUUUUGAAAUUGCGUUUUUAAUUUGAAUUAUAUCGGAGUAGUUAUGAAUGAUGACGUUAUUACACGGAGCUUGUUUAUAAUAAUCAUAUUUUUUACGACCAAGAGCACUUUCUAAUAGUGGGAGUAUUACACUAUUUACAAAGUGUAUUUUAUCAAAGCGUGCUGUGACAUACAAGUCAAUAUGUAAGUUUCCUUAGCAUAGGUCUUGUGCUUUGCGCUGAACCAAACUCCAAAACCUUUGUGACAAUAAAAAAUAAUAGAAAAAAAUCUUUUUACAAUCACCUUCACCUUUUACUCAGACCUUCGCUUCUAAUUUUUAAUAUAGUUAAAGAAUAACGAAUUUUUUACCACGAAUCCUCGUCUUGGGUAUUCUAGGAUUUUCUUUUUGGAUUGACGUUUGCGAAAUAUUGCCAUUAUUAAUAGGCUAGAGAGCGUUGAUAGGGACAGUAACAAUUUUUAAUGGGUUUUUGUCGCCCUGUAAUUUGCUUAAUGCUUGCAAAUACUCGUAACGGGUGUUUGGAAAUACCUAAAAGGAAUUCAAUCGUCAAGUUACAGGGAUCAAAAUCUGCCAAGAUGCGGUUUAAUAGCGAUAACGCCUAUUGAUAUGGCGUUCAUUUCGCAAAUCUCAAUCUUGAAAAGAAAGAAGGGGUUUCAUAAACCUUAGUAAAUAUCUAAAUUAGAAUAAGUCACCUUAAUUCUAAGUGUACACAUAUAAGGUUCAUUUUAGUUCGAUUGAUGUGGGAACGUUCCUUUAAACCUUAGUCCUUAAUGUACAGUCAUACAAAUGUAAUGAAAUAUAAAAUGUGAAAAUGGGAUGAAAACUUUUUUGCUAUGAAUUUUCAAUAACUAAUGGCUGUCAUUAUCAUCGUCGGCACAUACAUUUGACAAAAAAUGUCCGAAGUACUAAUGCCAUCCGAAGAAAAUUUACAAUACUCGACAAAUGUCAAGUUUUAAAAAAUUAUAAUUGUAAAAAGAAAUAAUCUAAUCUUCUUAUCCCUCUUUGUGAAUUUCUUUGAGCAUCUUCUACACCAUAAAUGCAUCUAGAAAACCUUGGUGUUUUUCUGAUUGUCAAAUAUGAAUGUGUAAUAUUGUAAAUUCAUAGUACUAACAUCACGUCCUAUAUUAUGUGAGAAAACAAAAUAUGCCAAAACAAGUUUGCCGUAAGUGCCUAGGCUUAUAAAAUCGGUAGGUGUCGAAUGCUUAUAUGUAAUAUUGUAUGUAUCAAUUAAUACUGCAUUGUUUAACAACACUUUUACUCAUAAUUAUUGAGAUUUUUCAUGUUUUUCCAGUGAUUUGAAAUACAUAUUUGAAAUUAGUUGGCCAUUUUAUAUAGGCCUUAAAAAAAUUGUUUAAGCUCCAAAAAUAUACAGGGUGUCAUAAAAUAAAUUUAGUCAUUGUGCUUUUAAUCAAUAUCUAUUCAGUAAUUUUUUUGAAAAUUAAAAUAAAAGAAUUUCAUCGUGUAUCGAUGUUUUUAUUCUUUAGUAGCCAGUAUUUUAUAUCUCUGUUUAAAAAGUUUUAGAAAAAGUUAGAAAAAGUGAAUAAAAGUGUUGUUAUUUGCAGUUUCCUAAUAAUACAUUUUACCUACCUACUUAAAAUUUCGUCUUGAAAAAUUGUCAUGCAAUUUUAUGUUGUGUAUCCGUGUGAUAAUUGUGUAUAAGCGUUGUUUUUGUCAAAAUUAAUAGUUGUAUAUUUUUAAGUGAUGACUUAUUUUCUGCUUUGUGUCAUAAGUAUUUAGGUAUCAAGUACAUGGAAUUAAAAGUACGCCAAUCCCUUUCGGCUUUCCGUCAUAUGGAUGAAUAUUUUUUUUUGUAAUUAAAAAGUCAAAAAGGGACUGGUGUUUUUUUAUGCAAAUCCUAUUUAACAGUCAAAUCCGACCAAGUUCCUUGUAUCAUGUCCAAAAGUGUGCCUUUUCCAAAAAUAUUAAGUAGCUAUUUUUGAAUUAGUUUUUGACACAACGGCAAAUCAAUUUUUCAUAUACAAUCGGAAUAAAAAGUUUAUUUUUCUUAGAAAUACUUAAUUAGAACAGCAUGUCAAAAUAGUUGAACGAAAAAUGUGUUUCCACAAAUUCUUGUCUUUUAUACGGGUUAAAUCUUCUAAAAAAACCCGCCUUACACCCGACAGGGUUUUUCGUACAUGUUGUAUAAAUGUUUUCUCAGUAGCAUAAUAGGUAGAUACAGUAUAGUCAUAUUUUCCCUUUUUCACCACACCCAAUGCAUUUUAUCUAAGAGUAGCGUAUUCCAGAAGAAAUAAUUAAAUAUGGUGCAUUUAUACACUAACAAGUAUUAUUGUAGAUAAAUGAACAUAAAUAAAAGGACUAUGAUUACUUACUGAAUUGAAAAAUAAUUUUGUAUAUUUGAGUUAAUAUUUUCAUAUAUUUUUGGAAUUUUGAUUAGUCGAUUGGCACACUAUAUUGUUCACCAAAAUCAAAAUUACAGUCGGAUUUUCUUUUCUUAGUUUGGCUAAGUUUUCGUAGGAAAAUUUGGGCGAUGUGAUUAUUUUUAAGUUUCAAGUUGUUAUUCUUUCUUUUUUUAGUUAAGUUUGUCAUUUUAUAGUUAGACGAAUAACAAAUUUGUGAUGCUUUCGAUGUAGCACGGUUGGUUACAGUCCAAUCAGUCGGGAUUUUGUUUAAUUUAAUGUCAAUUGUAAAGAGUGCCCGUGACUUUGACAUUUUAAAUUUAAGUUGGCUCUACAUAAUAUUAUAAAAUUGGAACGAAUUGGGCUUAAAUAGCUUUCAGAAGGCAUGCCUACCGAGCGACUGACUUCAUUUGGGGGAUACGCCUAGAAAAGCCAUUUUUGAUUUAAUAUUAUGAGAUUAAACUCGAAGUCGCUGCCGCUUUGUAGGCAUAUGCAAGCUUUACGUCAUUAGUUACUUGGUAACUUGUGUAAUAUAUAAGUCGUACGAAUUGAAUAGUAAUCUCGCUAGUAUGAAACUCCCAUGACGCGAGGUUUCGUAUAAAUUCACACGAGUUAUCCCAAGGUUUUCAAACAAGUGUAGGGCCACUUUUAGUCUAGUCUGACUAGCAUGAUAUGUCGUCGUAAGAUUACGACAUAAGUGCAAAAGAGACACAAUAUAUGAGUCAUGAACAAGAAGGAACAAGACGUAAUGUGUCUUGACAAUUCACUUAGUAUAUUGAAUCACUUACGCUUGAAAACCAUAUCUUUGUAGACACUUUUAUUUGAUGCAUUUUGGAAUAUAGAAUUCAUGUGUUUAGCAUCAUGUUUUAUGUGUAAAGUCGAAAUGUAUAUUGUACUUUUGACAUUGUCACUCAAAAGUUAACAAUGAAAAACAGUCCAAAUAAAGAGUGAGAUAGUAUAUAGGUUUUGACACGAUAUUUCUGUGGGUGUGAUCACAAAUUGAAUCGUGAAAAGUGGCGAACUUUGAUACACAUAUACCAACGCAGUGAGUCCUGCGUGUUUUAUUAUACACAUGGAUAAGAAAAGGACUAUACUUGCCGAUUUUGUGUUGACAUAUUAAGAGAACGGUUUUAUAAAUGACACGAUUUGGGUCACGUUCACAGUCAUCUUGUGUAUAUGCCCAGAUAAAAAUAUACAAUAAAAACUAAACGAGUAACUUUUUCAGGUAGGUUCUCUUAUCUAAAUUCUCAAAAUCAAAUCUAAAUAAAAUAUUUUAUAUUUUUAUCUGGGAAAAUUGUGAUGGAUACAGGAAAAUGUUUGCCGAAUUGUAAAAUAUGGAUUUGAAGUCGAUACGAAAAUUUAUCAUUCGUAUUUGAGCUCUAAUAACACCAUUUUUGAACUCGCAACGUGGAUUGCCUAAAACUGUAUUUUAUUUAGCUGUUUAUGAAUUAAGGAUUACCUAAUACCGAAUUUAUUGUUUAACAGUGUCUACUCUUGGUCAAUAUGUACAUUUCAUAUAUUAAAUGUCACUAAUAAAUGUAUAAGUGUAUGACUUGGGCUUUUUCGGGUGAUAUGUGAUUAUUAUUAAAAAUUAAAGUACACUAUAUAAAUAUAUGAUUUUGCACUUUCAAAGUAUAAGUUGUGUCUAAAUUUAUCUUUACAAUAUAUUGAAAAAUAUUCCUCUUUUUACGAGGAAUGUUAUAUCGUCACAGGAAAGGCAAAACUACGUAAUAUUGCUAGUAGAGAUGUGCUGACUACGAUUUUGGCCAACUAGCCGACUGGCAGAUUCAUCGGCCUCGGAAAACCGACUAAUGGACCAAUUGUUAGCUACUACUUUGUAGGGAAAUACUAAUUCUGAAAUUGCCAAGAGGUAUACUUACAAGAAAAUAUUAUGUAGAAUAUAUUGAUAAAAUCAGCAACUUUGUUAUAGAGAAAAAUAGUUAGGUAUCAAAUAUUUUCAACAGACAAUGGUAACGUCUAUUGAAUGCAAAAUAGGUAUAUUUCUUAAUCUUGCAUUUCGUUUACUAACCUGUUAUUGUAAUGGUUAUAAAAUAUUGAUUAAUUUUCACUGAACAGUUAUUUCAUGCAUUUACUAUAUUUAUUACCGACGUACUGUUUUGCCGAUUGCAUCUCUAAUUGCUAGACAUUAAAAAUUAAAAACAAUGUAUUUUUAAGCUGCAUCAUCUAAAUUGGACAAAUGGGUAAAUAAAAAGCUGUGAUAAAAAAAACUGAUACUUACGGCUUUUUCUCGAAAUGACCUUUUGGUGUUUACGUAAUUUUGCUUUGCCUGUGACGAUAUCUAGCGACAGAUUGACAUAAAAAUACUCUAGUGGCUAAUAGCAGCAACUUUUGACAGUUCAUUUUGAAGAGCUGCACUGAAAUAUGAGAAUAUAAGAUUUAUUCAAAUUUAGUUUUGUCUCUUUGAAUUUUUAAUUUGCACAUUACAAUAACUUUUUUUUGUAUUGUCUGUCAAAGGGUAGUAAACUCUUCACGGAAAUGAAUACGACAUAUACCCCUUUAUAACGUAGCUAGCAUGAUUAAAAUGACAUAAUAUAUCUUUCAUCUCUUUCUUACUAAGUUGUAUACCGUUAGCGCGAAAGAGACAUAUCUUUGAUCCCGUCUCUUUCGCACUAGGCGAGGCACUAUAUUCUCCCGUUAUUCCAAUCAUGCUACAUUAUAAGGAGUGAAGUGUAUUUUCAGAUAUGAUCCGAUAAAGCUAAGUUUCGUCAAGAUUGCUUGACUCGCUGUAUAUAAACUUGUGGGCGGUUGUCCCGUUUGUCAAUAAAGCACGUUUGUGGCACUCA